CAAAAAAACAAUUUGCAUAUUUCAAAAGUGUAAAAGUUAAAAAAUAACACGCAGCUGUGAUCCUUAGAUCUAAAAAAAAGAUAAAUAUGAAUUAUGAACGGAUGACUGAGCCAGAAGAUGAAGAAAGCAGCGUUCAAAAUCCAAGUAAUGAUGAUGGGAACAACACUCGCCAAAUUCCGCAGGCAGCAGAGCAAAAUGAUGCAGAAAAUAAGCCAGAAGAUAACGUAAAAUAUUUUAUAUCAACACCGGGUACAGAACUUCAACAAAUAAUUAAUAAUAAUGGACAGAAUAAUACCACAAAUAAACCGAUGGGCAAUGCAAAAUACUAUAUAGCAUCAUCCGCUACAGGCACUGUGACUAUUUUAACAGAAACUGAUUUUGGAUUUUUUGUUGCUCCUGAUUUACAUCCGGACAGUUUGGCUCUUUGUGAUGAAAGCACCCAAAAGAUGUUUCUUCGUACUAUCUACACGAUACUUUUGACACAAUUAGUUUUUUACCACGAGCAUUAUAAGCAUCUUCUUAUACCACGAAGCAACAAAACAUUUUGUAUUGGAGAACAGAGAAGUAUUAAUCCUUGCUCUGAUUGUAAAUGUUAUCAUAGUGAUUAUGACUUCAUGCAGUGAAACCAUUCGUCGCCAACAUCCUAUUAAUUUAGUGGUUCUGAUCAUAUUCACUUGUACCAUGUCACUAUUUUUUGGUAUAGGGACCAGCUUACUGCAACCUCACUAUCUGAUACUAAUGAUAACAGGAAUGACUGCAGUGAAUAUUGCUGCCGCGAUUAUAUUCGUAAUGCAAACGAAAUAUAAGUAUACGCCUUGGAGGUGUGGUGGAAUUGCCACCAUCAUUUCUUUUCUAGCUCUUGGAUUGUCUGCUGGAUUUUUACUUGACAGUUUUUGGGAAGCGGCACUUGGUAUUUUUGUUGCCUGGGUUGUUUGCUGCACGAUAAUCUUCGAUGCACAGCGUAUUAUUUGCGGCUGGCAUACGUAUGAGUUCAAACCGAAUGAAUAUACUUUUGGUGCGCUAUCAUUGUAUUUCGAUAGCAUAGACUUUCUUAUGCGCUUCUCACGUAUUAGAAAACGUAGCCCAAUUCUUGUACUUGCUAAGGAGGAUUUGCCGGCCAGAUUACGAAAUGCAUAAUUUUAAAUUACCUACAUUUAUGUAUAUGAUUUACUCAGGGAUUUUACACUUGACAAUGUCUUAUAGCAAGCAAAAACUAAAGUCAAUUUCAUAAAUCGUAUAAUAACCUUAUACACAUAGAAAAUAAAUGUAAUACUUUUUCAAGAAA